UGCAAGCACACAUCUGGAAGCAUCCUGCUGCUCCAAUGUGUUUGUGUGGAGCGUCGGCAGCAGCAGCAGGAGAGUGUGGCCGCUGACGUCCGAGAACAUGUGAUGUCGGCACUGGGUGGGCGCGGAGAUUUCCCAAACACAAACAUGCUCCCAGCAAGAGGAAGCAGACACACAGGGACGAGCGGCACUGUUGGCAUAGACCACUUGGGCUGGAAGAUGACAGCAACGCACGACUGAACGGGCUCCGUUCUGAGCGGUCCAGAUGGCUGCGGCGCUGCCAACAUGAUGUUAACAGCAAGUUCUACAUGAGCUGACAGCACGCUCACACGCUGAGUUGAGUGUUUGUGGUGUCGGGAAGCAUGAGGGACUGGGAGAGGAUUUAAGCUUGCACCCUGGUGGAACCAGCGCAUGGCUCAUGUGGGUCGUGUCUGGUGCCAGAAAAAAGUGAAGUAUGCACUGUUUGUUUUAGAGAUGAAGAAUGUGGAAAUGAGUGUGCAGUGAAAGGAAGCGGACCUGUGGUCCCGGGGGCAUCAUGUCAGCUCAUCUGACAACAUCGUGGAAGUCUUUCCUGGUUUUGUUCGGGUGUCUACAGCAGGUCGUGUCCAUCCAGACCGGCAUCUGCCAGUUGGGGCACAACUCCUCCCAUGCAGGCAGAUGCCUGUGUGCAGCUGAUAUUCUGAGCUGCACCGGGCUGGGUCUGGAGCAAGUCCCAGUAGAUAUUCCCGGUUUUGUCGUCACUUUGGACCUAAGCCAUAACCGCUUGCUUCAGCUAAGGCAGGGUAGCUUUGAAGGGCUGUUUCGUCUGCAGACAUUACGCUUGACACACAACCAGCUGACAACUGUCCAGCCAGGCACAUUUGAUAACUCUUCUGGAGUCCUAUUGCGACACCUGGACCUAUCGUCCAAUCAGCUGCAGGCACUGGAGCUUCACUACUUUCAGGACCUUCCAGGACUGGAGGAGCUGCUGCUCUUCAACAACCAGAUAGAUAAGGUAGAGAGUGGCGCCCUGGCAGGACUGGGCAGCCUCCGCAGGGUCUACCUCAGCCACAACCAACUCACAGACUUCCCUUUCUUCUCCAUCCAGGAUCACAGGCACCUUCAGUUGGCCAUACUGGACCUGUCCUCAAACCACCUGCGCAAGCUACCCUUGGAGUACAUAUCGAGCCUCCCCAGCAGGCUCCAGCAAGGACUCUACCUUCACAGUAACCGGCUAGAGUGCGACUGUGCCAUGUACGGAAUGUUCCGUCUCUGGGAGGAGAGAGGCUUUGCGUCUGUGACAGACUUCCGAAAGGAUCUCAUUUGCCAGGUUUACGAGAUGCAUCAAGGCACAGUGCGCUUCUUCCAGCACAAUGGCUUCUUCCAACGGUGCAACUUGACUGCCAUUACAGCACCACUCAGAGAACAGCAGAGCAGUGUUGCUGUAAGCGAAGGGAAAGCGGCGCUGCUCCACUGCUCCACCAACCAGACCGGAAAAAAUUUCACAUUCUUCUGGGUUACUCCUAAACAGGAGUACGUGGCGCCGCCGGGAAAAACCGGCUCACUGAAGAUGUUUGCAAAUGGCAGCCUGGAGAUAAUGGCGACCCGAGCGGAGGACUCUGGGAUCUAUUGGUGCAUGGCUUUGGACCCAGAGCAUCAGCGCAAUCAGACGCAUGAAGUCAAUGUGACAGUGGUGGCGCAUGAUUCCAGUGAGCCUCACGACUCUUUUAAGACCGGAUACACCACCUUGCUGGGCUGCGUGGUCAGCCUGUUUCUGGUGCUCAUGUACCUCUACACGACACCCUGCCGAUGCUCCCCCUGCAACAAGGCGGCACACCCCGCCACUUCAAACGUGGCCGGGCCAGAGAGCGCCCAGUCCUCCAUCCUGAGUCCCACCCCGCCCGCUACCACUGAGGGCCCGGGCCGCAAGGUUCGUGGGCAUGACCUCUACAUGGUCUGCAUGCCACACCACUCAUCCGCCAUCAAUGCGAGUUCUUUCUCUUCAUUCUGACUCUUGGCGUCCUCCGCCCACCCGUCGCUCUGCUCCCCUGUUUCCAUGGAAACAGGACACAGUAGGACAAGACAGGAAAUGUGCUUCAUGGCCACAACAACAUAAGUGACAAGUCCCAUGACCCAUCACAUGCUCAUCUUCCCAUUAUAGAGACAUCAACCACAACUACAAUGAGUUCAUGGGGAGGCGGGGGCCAAAGAAGUGUAUGUCAUUAUCAAUAUUAAUUGAAUAUCUUUGAUCUGAUUGAUCAUUAAGUAUGUACUCACACUUUUAGCAUGUCAUCACAUCACAUGACAAAACAAGAUAUGCUUUGUUUACUGUGUCCGCCGCCUUUUAUUAUUUGCAUGCACACUAACAGCAGAAGCCGCUUCAUGCUGUGCUGUUGUGAUUUAUAGCAGCCUCUCUUUCCUGUGCGUGUGUGAUGUAUGGUGACAGGCUAGGUGCUGAGUCAGUAUUGGCUGAUGGCGUUUUCCCCAAAAAACUGGUGCACCAUUAAAGGUCGGCUGACAGCGAAAAUGACACCUGAGGGAUGAAACACAUCCAGUAGCAACACGAGCACUCGACUAUUUUAAGUGUUAGUAGUUCGAUAAGUUGUAUUAAUCAAUAAAGUAUCCGUUUCUGAAUCGACUUUGGUAUCAAAACUGAAGGGCAAGAAUAGAUCUAACGCUUGUAUUAUAUUUACUAUGGUAUACCAUCCUGUUCUCGGUGCUCUAUUUGGUGACCAUGUGAAGGGGAAGCCUUUCGGACGCACUGAGAUCAGGCUACAUCCUGAAAAAGGAUCCUCCCCAUUGAGCGGGCUGAGCAGCCACGGCACAAAGCAAUAAAGAGAUAGAUAAAGCAAUAAAGAUCCCAGCAGGCUGAGCUCAUGUCGGCCAAAGACAACAAGAGGCUUUGAGCGCUGCUAAGCUAAUUAGCGAGGCCCACAAUCCAAUCUGGACUGACUGCUAGCGGCUCCUCUUGUCUUCCAGCCUCUAGUAAUGGACAAUAAUUAGCACCAUUGAUUUUCACGCUGGGCUACGCGGGGGUGCUAUGUGAGUGUGUGGUGGGGUCGUCGUUAAUAGCUAUGAUGUGGACACAGACAUGGGGGUGAUGGACCAAUGAAGCCUGGCUAUUAACAGUGUGUGUGUGUGUGUUUUGGAUCACUGACGAGCCGUGAGAUUGUUGGACUUUAAGGAUUGCUCUUCUACUACAUCAUACGAGGAGGGAGAGGAGAAGGAGGAGGAGGAGGAGGAG